AUGACAACUUUAAAUAAUGGAUUAAAAUUAGUAACUGAUUCAACUCCUGGUCAUUUUAGUGCAUUAGGAGCAUAUGUAGAUGCAGGAUCAAGAUAUGAAGAUCCAAAAAAUCCAGGAUUAUCUCAUAUUCAUGAUAGACUUUCAUGGAAAUCAACUAAAAAAUAUAGUGGAUUACAAAUGAUUGAAAAUCUAUCUAAAUUAGGUGGGAAUUAUAUGAGUUCAGCUCAAAGAGAAAGUAUGAUUUAUCAAGCAAGUGUAUUUAAUAAAGAUGUUGAACAAAUGUUAGAAGCAAUAACUCAAACUAUAAGAUAUCCUAAUUUUACAGAUCAAGAAUUUCUAGAAACUUUACAAACUGCUGAUUAUGAAGUUCAAGAAUUAAAUUAUAAAUAUGAUUUAUUAUUACCUGAAGAAUUACAUUCUGUUGCAUAUAAAAAUAAUACAUUAGGUUUACCAUUAUUUGCACCAAAAGAAAGAAUACCAUUAAUAAAUAAAAAUGAUAUAAUAAAUUAUCAUAAUAAAUUUUUUCAACCUCAAAAUAUUGUUAUAGCAAUGGUUGGAGUACCUCAUGAAAUUGCUUUAAAAAUGGUUGAAAAAUCUUUUGGAGAUUGGAAAUCAAAUGGUAUAAAACCAAAUAAAGGUUUAAAAAAUUAUACAGGUGGAGAAAUUUCAUUACCUCAUCAACCUCCAUUAUAUGCAAAUCAACCAGAAUUAUAUCAUAUACAAAUUGGAUUUGAAACUACAGGAUUAUUAAAUGAUGAUUUAUAUUCUUUGGCAACAUUACAAAAAUUAUUAGGAGGAGGAUCAUCAUUUUCAGCUGGUGGACCAGGAAAAGGAAUGUUUUCAAGAUUAUAUACUCAAGUAUUAAAUAAAUAUCCAUUUGUUGAAAAUUGUAUGUGUUUUAAUCAUUCAUAUUUAGAUUCUGGAUUAUUUGGUAUAACUUUAAGUCUUGUACCUGAAGCAAGUCAUGUAUCAUCACAAAUUAUAAGUCAUGAAUUAUCUAAAUUAUUAGAAUAUAAUGAAAGACAAGGAGGCAUAAAAGAAAUAGAGUUGAAAAGAGCUAAAAAUCAAUUAACAAGUUCUAUAUUAAUGAAUGUUGAAAGUAGAUUAGCAAAAUUAGAAGAUUUAGGUAGACAAAUUCAAUGUCAAGGUAAAGUUACAACAAUUGAUGAAAUGGUUGAGAAAAUAAAAUCUUUGAGCCUAAAAGAUAUAAGAAAUAUUGCUGAAAAAGUAUUAACUGGAAAUGUUAUAACUUCAGAAGGUUUAAGUUCUGGUCAACCAUCAAUUGUAAUGCAAGGUGAUAGAGAAUCAUUUGGUGAUGUUGAAUAUAUUUUAAGAAAAUAUGGACUUGGAAAAUUUAAUGGUCCAGAAAUUAAAGAACCAAGAAAUUUUUCAAAAAAGAAAUCAUGGUUUUGA